AUGUGCGAAAUGCACUUCUACCGGUGCAUGAACUGCAAUACGAAAUGGACCUUUUACAAAAAGCUCGCCAGCUGCGAGAGCAGCGAGCCCGAGGCGCGGUGCCCGUCGAGCCUGUGCAUGCACGUGGGCAACCAAAAGCGGCCGCAAAAGAAGGAAUGCGAGGCCUGCCAGCACAAGCGAGAGCUCGCCGAGAGCAUGCAGGACUACAGCGAUGACGAAGGCCUUCAGUUGCCGACGCACAAACGGCAAGCCGGUGGGCGGUAUGGUGGCGGUGGCGGUGGUUCUCGAGGGGGUACGUGA